CAUAUUAUACUGUAACAUCCCUGUUUCAAUGCGAUAUAUAAAGCGCCGGCAAAACGACUGGACAUUUGCACUGGUCACACAUUGGACAUUGCUCACUUGUUCAGAGUAUGGACAUCAAGAAAAUAUUGGUUAUGGCAAAACGACUGAACAUUGUCCAGUGAACUUUUUCUCUGUUGGAGAAUGCGGGUUGAAAAACAGGCAACAAGGCAUCUCUUUACCUUUGAAAAUACACUUUCAUAGCCCUAACCGUGUUAUCGUAUGAAUUAAAGUGUAUUAUUAAAAAGUGGCUAGGACUGCUAGGUUCAUCAAAAUCACCGUCCUCGUGCUCUCUGGCAUCGCUUUCCUUAUCGUAACUAAAGCUAAUCUGAUCAGAAGACUCAUCGUUAUUAAUGAAAUGCCUUUUUCUACUAUUGGUCGAAUUGAAUUUUUACGUUGUUUCCAUUUCGUUCGCGGUGUUGACUAGGAAAGUUUGUUGAAGAUUUGAAUAUGGGAAAUAAAUUGACGCCAAAUCCAAACCAUUAAUCGAUUGCGUGUGCGCGAACUGGACAAUGUUCAGUAGCAAACGACUGAACAAUUUCUGUAUAACAUCAGUGAACAAAAGAAAUUUAAUCCUGUCCACUGAACAUUUUUGGCUGCCUUCAAAAUCGACUGAACAACAUUCGACAUCGCUGAACAAGACUGGACAAGGUGGCAAAACGACGCAACAUUUACGCUGGACAUUUGUCCAGUCCAUGUUCAGUGAUAAUGUCCAGUCGUUUUGCCGGGGCUUAAGAUUUUAACCUGCUCCGAUGUCUUUUUACUUAGCUUUUGCUUGAAGCUGGUCAUGUUUUUCCCUAAGCACAAGCUAUUGCUAAAUGUAAUAAAUUUAAAAGUCCAAAAAUUAGAGUUCACUAAGCGAUUUGCUCUGUGAUGUGAAGUAAUGAAGAGGACAUACGUAGAACAAGGGAAGAACAAGAAGACUUCAAUCAAAGGUGGUGCACAGAAAUUUCAUGAGGAAAAGCUGCGAGACUUAAAAAAGGAUUCAGCUACGAUACAAAGCUUUUUUUAUCAAGCAAAACAGGGGUAUGGUGCUACACGAUAAAAUUUCAACAGGGGUGCCCAUGUUUUCUUUUUGGGGUCAGAAAUUGACAAAUCGAUAUUUUUGGGCUGCUGAAAAUCAUUGUGGUUUUCCGGAGGAAUAGAAAAUUAUUUGUCACAAGUUGAGUGUGAAGCUUUUCCACUUUAAAUAUGUAAAGAACAGAUUACGUGGUAAUUUUUCGCAGCCAAACCUAGAGUCCUUCAUGUUAAUGUUCUUAGAAAAACACCUGUUAGAUGACAUCUAGAACGAUCAUAUUAUCAACAAAUAGGUUACUGUAUUUAGAAAGAAAGUCAAACCAAUGAGUUAAAAUUUUUGUUUAUUUAUUAUUUAGUUAGCAAAUGACUUAUUGAACAUGUUCUGUUAACCAGCAUUCAUCCAUGCACAAAAUUACUGAAUUUAAAAACUUGUUUUCCUUACAGACUAACAUUUACUUGCAUUUUCCGAAGAGUUUUUUAUUUGCUAUUGUUGUGGGCCGGUUUGAUCAAAAUUUGCCCGGGCCAAAAAAAUUAGCCAGUCCGCCCCUGGAUGUCAGACAUUUCAGACCAGAUGAGAUCGCCCUUAAUGUGGAGGGAGACAAACUGAAAGUUACAGGAAAGCAUCAUCAACAAACUGAUCAUGGUUAUGAAAGCUCUGAAUUCGAAAGAUGCUUUCCGAUUCCAGCUGAUGUUGAUGCAAAGUCAUUCACAUCAAAGCUAAAUGAUGAUGGUAUUUUGGAGAUAACAGCUGCAAAAAUCAAACCGUUAGCGAAUCAGGGACAACAAGAAGAUGAGACAAACUUCAAAUUGACUUUCGAUGUCAGUGAUUAUAAACCAGAGGAAAUUUCUGUCAAGCUACAAGGAAAUGAACUUGUUGUUAAUGGAGAGCAGAACUCAGAAAGCAAAGAUGGAGAAGAUUCAUUUUUCCACCACAGGAAAUUUUCACGUCGUAUCUUACUUCCAAAAAAUGUGAAAUUGGAGACCUUGCAGUCGAAAUUAACCAAGUAUGGGAAACUGAUGAUUGAAGCUGAAAAAAUGGCAGCUAUCGAGCCAACAGUGAGGCAGUUGGAGGUUGAGUAUGAAGUUGAUUUAAAAUCGAAGGAAGAUGUGAAGAAAGAAACCAAUGAAGCUGAUAAUGCGACAAUGGAAGAAUAGAAGACUUCUAGAUUAGAUUAUAGUUGUAUACGUAUUCUUUUAAUAUAAUUGCUAUAUUUGAAUCAUAGUUUUUGUCAUCUUUUUGGCUAGUCAAAUUUCUGUCUUUUUAUGAAAUCUGUUGACUUAUAAAAACCUAUCGAUCGUAGGGUUAUUUUAUUUUAAGCUUGAACUGUUGCUUAUCAUAUCUAUUUGAUGAAGUAAUUAAUUUCUAUUACAUGUUGAUCAUCUCAUUCGUUGGUAAAAUAACAUAUGUUUCUAUCCAAACGCUGUAAGAUAAAAUUCCUAUGUGUUACAAACUUUGAAUUAGACUUUGUUUAUUAAUUUGAAAAAAUUGAAUCUGAGGUGGUUGAAGUUUUUAUAAAUAUUAUGAAUGUCUUGUGAUAUUUGUUUUUUUGUCGUAGUAGAAUACAGAUCUGAUAUUAAAUUUGAUUCGCAUCAUUCGAGUAAUAUUCGCAUAGAUGGUAUAAUCACAAUGACCUGUCUCUCUUUUGUAAGGCUCUAUGCAAAACAGCAUUUUAUGGAAAGCUCUUUUCAGUAUAAAAAGGCUUAAUAACGACGAGAAAAAAGAAUAUACACCCAUUUGUAGGCCUAGUUAACUCAGUUCUACUGGCCCGAGAUGCGUGGCCCCUAAAUCAGUGAUGCUAAACAUCUGGCUUUCUAGGGACCGGCCAGGGGGUUUAAUCAGGCCUGCAAAUUGAAUUUAAUGUAAGCAUAAAUUAGAAAUUGCUCUCAAUUUAAUAUUUUAGGUCAAUUUAAUGAAAUCAAUUUAUGCUUUGAGCAUUAUAAUGACCAUUUUAGAAAAAUUCCUAGAUCUUAAUAAGUCGAUUUAAUCUUUUUUCAAGGGUCAAUACUUUACUUUUCAGUUAAGAAUAUCCGUGAUUUGAAGUUUUUUAUCUUGGGUACAAUCUCUAUGAUGAGAUGCAGGUUAUGUGAACAUGCAAGUGAUAAGCUGAAGCAAUUUGCACAUGUGCACAUGUUUUUUAUAGAAGCUAAAGUUUUUCAUGGUAUUAUUUUAAUUACAUUAAAUUACACAUUCUUCGAAAUACUUUUCUCUUUUUUGAUACUUUUCUGCGCAAAAAACGAUUAAAUUAAAUUAUUGGUCAUUAAUAAGUGAUUGUGCUAGGAUUCUACUAGGCCGCCCACUUGGCAUCAAAUCAUUCUUUCAUGUGGUGUGGUUUUCUCUGAGCUAAAAUGUGCUCAACACUGCUGCAUUGUUUUUACAUUCACACUACAAUGUUUUUGCACGCCAUAUCUGAUAACCGCCAUUAGCGUGUAAUGUUAUUUCAGAUAUAAACAGAAGGCCUUUAGAAAAUGGGAGACAUCUCUAGAAGAGGGAUAUUAAAUGAAGAAGGGCUUUUAUUGACUUUCGAUUGAAGUUGCAAAAGUUUUGGAUUCACAGAACUUUAGUAUUGGAUAACUAUUUGCGUAAUUGGGACCGACGUAUAAAGGAAAAAGAAGUUUCCUAUAUAUGAAUGAAUCUGUAUCCAUAUACUUGGUCUCCAAAAAUAUGACAUCUAGCCGGAUUCUGGAGAUAGCCUGAUAUCUCUCCGGAUUCUUCAUGUCCGCCGUAUAAAUAAAUCUGUAUCCAUAUACUUGGUCUCAAAACAGGUUGGUACUGCCCCAUUUCCAGCCCUAAGCAAGGGGUGCACUAUCAAAAAAUGCGCGUUAAUAAUGGGAAGUUAAUAAAAAAAAUAAAUGAAUACAGUUUUGCCGUCUUAGAAAAUUUGGAGGGGACUGUGCUGUAGGCAAAUUGUAGAAGUCACAUCAAAGACUACACCCGAGAUUGCAUCCAUUGCAUUUGUAUCAAGGUUCUCUGUUCAGUAUCUGAAAUCAUUCAAACUAUUCAACUGAUAAAUAUUGCUCAUGCAUAGAGAAUCAAUAGCAUAGUAAAGGGUUAGUUCUCAUUGCCGAGUAAAUCAAGAUUCUGACAAAAAAUAUAUGAGGCAUUUUAUUCUUCCUUUUUUGGAUUUAGACAUAAUAUGGGACAUUAGAAUAGAGAAUAACAAAAGAUAAACUUAUUAUUUAUUCAAGUCAUGUGCCAGAAAUCAUACUACUUUAAGAUUUUCUGGUCUUCUCCCCUAAAUAGAUA